UUUCUUUUUCGUACAUCUGUUGGAACUAUCUUAUAUCUUUGAAGCCAGCUAACAGAUUGUUUCUGAAGAAAUGUCAACGUUGGCUGAAAUGCUCCAAAAUCAACAUGGAGUUGCGUUAUGGCUGGUUGUUUUAGUUAUUUAUUUUCAAUAGGGAGACGCUGGUUAACUUGGUCUUGGACUUACCUGUGGUUGCUCUGGCUUAUGCUUGUUGUGUUUCUCAUCUACGUCCUGCGCGGUCCUUUGAAGAUCCACGAGAAUCUAAAUAUGGCUUCAAUGUUUUUGAAUACUCUUACACCAAAGUUUUAUGUCGCAUUGACUGGAACUUCAUCCCUGAUAUCUGGACUCAUUUUGAUUUUUGAAUGGUGGUACUUUAGAAAGUAUGGGACUUCCUUUAUUGAACAGGUGUCCCUCAACCAUAUCUCUCCAUGGCUAGGGGGAGGUGAUGCAAAUGGAGAUACUGCCUCAAAUGGUUCUUCGAGUAAUGAAGGAGGAGGGGGAGGCAGUACGACAAAUGGAAACAGUGCUAAUAACAACAAUAAUCAACAAGCUGGAUUUGAGUGUAAAGUGUGGAGAAAUCCUUUGAGUUUAUUUCGGGGAUCAGAAUAUAACCGGUUUCUUUGGACUACAAAUAAAGAACCUCUAACCUAUUAUGACAUGAAUUUAUCAGCUCAAGAUCAUCAGACAUUUUUUACUUGUGAAGCAGAUGGAAAUAAACCAGAAUAUGAAAUAAUGCAAACUGCGUGGAGAGAAAGAGACCCCGAAGCAAGAGUAAAAGCUGCCCAUCAAGCAUUAGAGAAAAAUCCUGAGUGUGCUCCUGCAUAUAUCUUGCUAGCCGAGGAGGAAUCUUCAUCAAUUUUAGAGUCGGAGAAGCUGUUUCGACAAGCAUUAAAAGUAGCUGAAGUAAAUUACAGACGUAGUCAACAGCUUCAGCAUCAGGGGCCCACACAAGAAACUUUACAUAGAAGAGACACAAAUGUUCUUGUAUAUACUAGAAGACGGCUUGCUAUGUGUGCAAGGAAACUUGGUAAACUCAGAGAGUCUGUAAAAAUUAUGAGAGAUCUUAUAAAAGAAUUUCCAAUGAUGAAUGUGUUCAAUAUUCAUGAAAAUUUAAUAGAAGCACUCUUGGAAAUGCAGGCAUAUGCAGAUGUUCAAGCAGUACUUGCCAAAUAUGAUGAUAUAAACUUACCAAAGUCUGCCACAAUAUGUUAUACAGCUGCUCUUUUAAAAGCAAGGGGUGUUAGUGAUAAAUUUUCUCCAGAUGUUGCAUCAAAAAGGGGACUUAGUACAGCUGAAAUGAAUGCUGUAGAAGCUAUACAUAGAGCAGUUGAAUUUAAUCCCCAUGUGCCAAAGUAUCUUUUAGAGAUGAAGAGUCUCAUCCUCCCCCCAGAGCACAUUUUGAAACGUGGAGACAGUGAAGCCAUUGCUUAUGCUUUUUUCCAUCUGCCGCAUUGGAAGAGGGUGGAGGGAGCUCUGAAUCUUUUGCACUGUACUUGGGAAGGAACUUUUCGAAUGAUCCCAUAUCCAUUGGAGAAAGGUCAUCUCUUUUAUCCCUAUCCUACAUGCACAGAAACUACAGAUAGGGAGCUUCUGCCAUCUUUUCAUGAAGUUUCAGUGUAUCCAAAGAAGGAGCUGCCAUUUUUUAUCCUCUUCACCGCCGGCUUAUGCUCGUUCACUGCCCUUUUGGCUCUGCUCACUCAUCAGUACCCAGAACCCAUGGGCACACUUGCGAAAAACAUUUUUACAGACUUUUCUGUGUGCUGUAAUUCUGGGGGACUAAAAUCACUUUAAUUCAUUGUUUGUCUAAGGAGCUCAAUUUUUAUUCGGCCAUUUCUUGGUUAUCACUGCCCCUGGGCUACAUGUUAGAAAAAGUGGAAGCAAUGCUACCAUCAAGUCUCUUACAUCAGUUGUCUCGUAUUUGAAUAAUUUGUGUGAAAAUUUUGAUGUCAUCCUUCAUUAUUUAUGUGGACUAAGUGUUCAAAUCAUACAUUAAAAAUCACAGCAAUCUA